UGGGUCAAGGUAAAGGUUGUUCAGCCGGGUAUCUUUCUCUUUUACAAGGUCAAAAUGGGGCGACGUCCAGCUCGUUGCUACCGUUACUGCAAAAAUAAACCUUACCCCAAGUCACGAUUUUGUCGUGGUGUACCAGAUCCGAAGAUCCGUAUUUUUGACCUUGGGCGCAAGAAGGCCAACGUGAAUGAGUUUCCACUGUGUGUCCAUCUGGUAUCUGAUGAAUAUGAGCAGUUGUCUUCUGAGGCCCUUGAAGCUGGUCGUAUCUGUGCCAACAAGUACUUGGUGAAAUUUGAAGGCAAAGAUACUUUCCACAUACGAAUGAGACUGCAUCCCUUCCACGUGUUGCGCAUCAACAAAAUGUUGUCGUGUGCUGGAGCUGAUAGGCUCCAGACUGGAAUGCGUGGUGCCUUUGGCAAGGCUACUGGCACAGUAGCUCGUGUACACAUUGGUCAGCCCAUCAUGUCUGUACGUGCCAGAGAAGGUGCAAAGGCCAACGUCAUUGAGGCUCUGAGGAGAGCUAAGAUGAAGUUCCCUGGACGUCAGAAGGUGAUUGUGUCUCACAAGUGGGGUUUCACAAAGUGGCCGAAGGAAAAGUUUGAGGACAUGAGAAAUCAGGGACGCUUGGACCCCGAUGGCGUCAACGUCCAGUACAAACCAGAGAAAGGACCUUUGUCCGUGUGGAAGACCAGAAUUGAUGAAGGCAGAGAACCACGUGUUGUCACUUAACUCUUUCAGUGGUUUAUUUAUGAUAUAUUGCAAUCUCCUGGUACCAUCUUAACAAGAAGGAGGAAAAAUGACUGCAAAAACGCUGUUUGCUAAUUAUGAAAGAAUGAAUGUACAAAUAAAAAAAA